AUGAGGCGGUGUGAGCUGAGGAAUGUCAACAUCCUGCCUAUUACAGAAUUUGCACCUUCCCAGUUCUACAUUUUCCUUAUGAAGAAGAGUUUCUCUUUGCAAGCCAAACCCAGAAGAGGCUGGACCAGAGUGCUGGUGCGGGGGGAACAGGGAUCAGGACGAAACCGAAGGUGCACGGACCUAGAUCUCAUCAUCUCAGAGCCAGAGCUGCUCUGGGUGGGGAAGCUCAGCACUGGGGAUUCCCUGUCUCCCCAGUUUCACUUGUCCAACCUGUGUCGGCCACUUCUGCCCGGACACUGUUUCACUUGUCCAACCUGUGUCGGCCACUUCUGCCCGGACACUGGUGACGUCGCCGCAGAUCUCGCUGCUACUGGCUGUCGGGUUCUAGAGGAGCCAAUCAGUGUCACCGGGGUCCCGGAUUCUAAAGUCCCCCGCGAAACUAUAGGCACUCAGAUUCUCCCCGGAUUCUGGCACCAAUCUGGGCUCAUGGCGCCCGGAUCCGUCCUGCGGCUGCUGUCGUGGGUGCUGGCGCUGGCCGGGACCUGGGCGGGCCCCCACUCCCUGCGGUAUUUCCACACCGCCGUGUCCCGGCCCGGCCUCGGGGAGCCCCGCUUCAUCACCGUCGGCUACGUGGACGACGCGCAGUUCGUGCGCUUCGACAGCCGCCGCGAACCCCAGGAUGGAGCCGCGGGCGCCGUGGGUGGAGCGGGAGCCGCCCGAGUACUGGGAGCGGGAGACACGGAUCAGCAAGGACAGCACACAGAUUUACCAAGUGUGGCUGCAGACCCUGCUCGGCUACUACAACCAGAGCGGGACGCUUCUCACACCCUCCAGACCAUGUAUGGCUGCGACAUGAGCACAGACGGCCGUCUCCUCCGCGGGUACUAUCAGCAUGCCUAUGAUGGCCAGGACUACAUCGCCCUGAAUGAGGACUUGAGCUCCUGGACCGCGGCCAACAUGGCGGCUCAGAUCACCAGGCGCAAGUGGGAGGAGGCCUGUGUGGCAGAGCGCCUGAGGGCCUACCUGGAGCACAGCACCCUCCACCCCACCUCUGAACAUAAGAUGACCCUGAGGUGCUGGGCGCUGGGCUUCUACCCUGCGGAGAUCACCCUGACCUGGCUGCGGGAUGCAGAGGAGCAGACCCAGGAAAUGGAGCUGGUGUAGACCAGGCCUGCAGGAGAUGGAAGCUUCCAGAAGUGGGCAGCUGUGGUGGUGCCUUCUGGGGAGGAGCACAGAUACACAUGCCAUGUGCAGCAUGAGGGGCUGCCUGAGCCCCUCAGCCUGACAUGGGGUGACAAGAGAGAAGGCUAUGAUAAGGCUGCAAGAGAUGACAGUGACCAGAGUUCUGAUGCUUCCCUCAGAGCUGAUAAAGUUGACAGCCUUGUGACCCAAAGUGGGGGGCAGGGCUGA